AUGAUGAACGGAGUUGGAGCUGGUGCUGCUCCGGUGGGAGGGGGUUUUGGUGGUCAAGGCAGGCCGGAUUUCCCACGCGCUUCGGCUGUCGACACUCAGGGGGAGAAUGUUCAGCGAAGCUUCUUCGACUUCUUGCAAACUGCGGAGCAGAGAGGCGAGGAGCACGAGGAGGAGGCGGAGGACGGGCCAAUGGUGCGCGAGUACGUGGCGCAGCUGCAUUCCAUGGUGCAGUACGGCAAGACGACCAUGUAUGUGGACUUCGCCACCCUCAUGGCGCACAACCAGGCGCUCGCCACAGCGGUUCUGGAGGAGUUUUACCGUACGGCAAGACGACCAUGUGUGGACUUCGCCACCCUCAUGGCGCACAACCAGGCGCUCGCCACGGCUGUGUUGGAGGAGUUUUACCGGGCACAGCUGCAUUCCAUGGUGCAGUACGGCAAGACGACCAUGUAUGUGGACUUUGCGACCCUCAUGACGCACAACCAGGCGCUCGCCACAGCGGUUCUUGAGGAGUUUUACCGGUUUGAGCCGUUCCUGCGCAAGGCGGUGCAGAUGUUUGUGCAGGUGCACGAGCCCAAGUACGUGAUGGACGAGGGCAAGCCCAAGGAGUUCUACCUCGCGUUCUACAACCUCCCUGUCAUCCACAAGCUGAGAGACAUGAAGGUGGAGGUGCUAGGCCAGCUAUCCGCAGUGAGUGGUGUGGCCUUCCUCUGGCUGAGAGACAUGAAGGUGGAGGUGCUAGGCCAGCUAUCCGCAGUGAGUGGUGUGGUCGUCCGAACCUCCGAGGUCCGGCCGGAGCUGCUGUACGGCACGUUCCGAUGCUUGGAGUGCGGCGCGGUGCAGCGGAACAUCGAGCAGCAGUUCAAAUACACUCAGCCCAUCAUAUGCAGUAACGCAGCAUGCUCUAACAGAGAAAAAUGGGCGCUAGAGCGAACUGAAUGCCAGUUUGUCGACUGGCAAAGAGUCCGGGUUCAGGAAAACGCAGAUGAAGUCCCUCCUGGGUCACUCCCCCGCACUCUAGACGUGAUCUUGAGGCAUGAGUUGGUGGAGCAGGCGAGAGCCGGCGAUAAGUGUAUAUUCUCUGGGACGCUGGUAGUGGUCCCUGAUGUGGCUGCUUUGACCCGCCCUGGGGAGAGGCAUGAGGCUAUGCGGUCGAACCAAGGGGGGGACGGGAGAGGCGGAGAGGGUGGGGGAGGGGGGGAGCUGCUGGGGGGAGGGGGUGGGGGAGCUGGGGGAGGGGGGAGUGAGGGGGUAAGGGGGCUGAAGGCGCUGGGGGUGCGGGAUUUGUCGUACCGGUUGGCGUUUUUGGCGUGUUCUGUGCAGUCGGGGGAUCAGGAGAAGCAGCUGGUGAAUAUCAGGGCGGAGGACGAGGAGGGCAGUGCUGUCGCGUCGUUUACGUCGAGGGAUCAGGAGAAGCAGCUGGUGAAUAUCCGGGCGGAGGACGAGGAGGGCAGUGCGAUCGCUUCGUUCACGCCCGAGGAGCGCGAGGAAAUGGCUCGCAUGAGGGCAGGCGGGAAUCUGUACGAGCGCCUGGUGGCGAGUGUGGCCUCGUCGGUGUACGGGCAUGCAGACAUCAAGCGAGCCAUCCUGCUGAUGCUGUUUGGUGGCGUGCACAAGAAGAGAUGGCUUGCAUUCAUGCGAGCAUCUAUUCUGAGCCACCCUCCUCCUUCCCCCUCCCCUUCCUCCCCCUCUCUCAGCCGGAAGAACCCGGAAGAGCGUGAGGAAAUGGCUCGCAUGAGAGCAGGUGGCAAUCUUUAUGAGCGCCUGGUGGCGAGCGUGGCACCAUCAGUCUACGGGCAUGCAGACAUCAAGCGAGCCAUCCUGCUCAUGCUGUUUGGUGGCGUGCACAAGAAGACCCACGAGGGCAUCAACCUGCGUGGGGAUAUCAACGUGUGUGUCGUUGGCGACCCCUCCUGCGCCAAGUCGCAGUUCCUCAAGUACGUGGCUGGCUUCCUUCCCAGAGCCGUGUAUACCUCUGGCAAGUCCAGCAGUGCGGCGGGGCUGACUGCAAGUGUGGUGAAGGAGCCAGAGACAGGGGAGUUUUGCAUUGAGGCGGGCGCGCUGAUGCUGGCGGAUAAUGGCAUCUGCUGCAUUGACGAGUUUGAUAAGAUGGAUAUCAAGGACCAGGUGAGUGAGAGGAAUGCGUUGCGAUAUCAUCCAGAGCCGACUUCCAAGCCAACUCAGAAGUCAACUCACUGCAUCGACGAGUUCGAUAAGAUGGAUAUCAAAGACCAGGUGGCUAUUCACGAAGCCAUGGAGCAGCAGACGAUCUCUAUCACCAAGGCGGGGAUUCAAGCCACUCUCAAUGCACGCACGUCCAUCCUCGCUGCUGCCAACCCCACUGGGGGAAGAUACGACCGCUCCAAACCUCUCAGAUACAACGUGGCUCUGCCACCAGCCAUCCUGUCCCGCUUCGACCUCGUCCACGUAAUGCUCGACACGCCAGACCCCAUACAUGACUACUCCGUGGCUUGCCACAUCCUGAGUUACAAUGUGGCUCUGCCACCAGCCAUCCUGUCCCGCUUUGACCUCGUCCACGUCAUGCUGGACACGCCAGACCCCGUGCAUGACUACUCGGUUGCUCGCCACAUCCUGAGUGUGCACCAGAGUCGGGACCAAGCGCUACAGCCGGAGUUCUCAACGCUGCAGCUGCAGAAAUACAUCAAAUUCGCGCGCUCCAUCCGCCCAGAGAUCACAGAGGAAGCCAAGACCCGCCUAGUAGAGGCUUACGUGUCAGGCUUACCUCUCUUCCCUCAAACGGCGAAAUGCCACCCCGGGAUCACAAUCACAGAGGAGGCAAAGACUCGCCUAGUAGAGGCCUAUGUGUCACUGAGGAGAGGGGAUGCCGCACCGGGGUCUCAGUCAUCGUAUCGAAUCACGGUGCGACAGCUGGAGGCUCUGGUGCGGCUAUCAGAGGCGCUGGCUCGCCUGCACCUGGACUCCCAGGUGGGUGAAGCGGUGGGGAAGGGUGAAGCGGUGUGGCUGGGUGAAGCAGUGUGGGUGGUGAAGCCAGCUCAUGUGCGUGAAGCCAAGAGGCUACUGAGCACGUCCAUCAUCAGCAUUGACAGCCAUGACGUGGACCUGGAGGAUGAGGGGGCGAAUGGGGAAGGGGAGGAGGGGAUGGAAGACAUGCCGUUCAUGAUGGGGGAGGGGGAUGGGGGCGAUGGGGGAGGGCGAGGCGGAGACGGAGGGGGAGGGGGAGGGGGAGGGAGUGGUGGUGAUGAUCGCGGUGGGGGUGGGGGAGGAGGGGGAGCGAGAGGGGGAGGAGGGGGAGCGAGAGGGGGAGGCGGAGCAGGAGCAGAGGCAUCAGGAGGGAGGGAAGACAUGGAAACAGAUGGGGGUGCGAAUGGGGCUACGGAAACUGAAGGAGGAGGAGGAGGAGGAGGAUCAGAUGAGCAAACACAACCAGGAACGGGUGAUACAACAAAGAAAGGCAAGGAGAAGAAACAAGGAGGAGCAUCAGCAACAGAAGGCACGGCAAAGGAAGGGGAUGCAGCGGAUGGCGGUGAAGACAACAAAGCAAGCCAGAAGAAGUCAAAGCCUACCGCCCCUCUGCGUGUGCCGUACGACAAGCUGCAGCGAGUCACGGCGCUGCUGGUGACCUACAUAAGACAAAAAGAGGCGGAGGAAGCUUCUGAGGAAGCUUCACUUGCAGGGGAGGGAGCAACUGGUACAGGCAAGGGUGGAGAGGAAGGGGAGAGGGGAACUGAAGGAGGGGGAGGAGAGGAGGAGGACGGGGGGAAGAGGAAGAGAAGGCGAGUGGAGGGGGUGCAAGGGGGUGUGGGGGGCGGGGGGGUGAAGCAAGGGGAUGUGAUGCGAUGGUAUAUGGAGCAGCAGAGCCAAGCAGGCACUGUGGACUCGGUUGGCAAUUUGCUGCAAGAAUUCAGAGUGCUGCGAUCCAUCAUUCAGCAUUUGAUUCGUCGAGAGGGAGUGCUGCUGAUUUUAGACGAUGGGACUACAGCCGUGGAAGCUGCCAGGAAGGAGCGGGAGGAUGCAAUUGCUGCUGCAGAAGCAGCAAGUGAACCUCUUCCGACAUUCGACAAGCCUCUGCCCACGGCUCUGGAGGAGCGGGUUCUAGCCGUGAACCCCAACUACGUCCAAGAAUAA